CACAUAUUUUAAAUACUUGUUUGCAAUUAAAAAAUUAAAAUAUAAAGAUUAAAAUAAUCGGAGUACCAGAGCACCUAAGAAUUUUUGCCUACAUGGACAUAUUUUCUGUGAGCCCUCACAAACACGUACCCACCGUAAAAUUCCAAGUGUCAAUCUCUUCUUACUCUUCCAUUUAUGCUGCCCUUCUCUGAUUGGUCAAGUCUCACUCUUAAGAACUCCAAUCCCUCUCUAAACCCCCCCCAACCAACCUCCUCCCAAAUCCCUUCCUCCUUCCUUUACAUGUCUCCCAGCGCUCUCUCUUUUGCCUCCCUACCGCCGUCGCCACCACCGUCAUUACCGAACAGCUGGUAGGCCGGCGUUAGCGAAGAGAACCGCCUACCGCCAUAACAUGAUCAAGACGUUGAACCCCUACACCGACGCGGAAAAAACCGCUGAGAUUAUGUCCAGAUACAGGCCCAUAGCGCCGCAACCUGAGAUAACAGCAAACCCAGCAGGCGAUAAACCGUCCAUGUCUCAGAAAAUCAGGGACUCUUCUUACCUUAGAAACCUCUGGCCACGAUUCCAGGCCAGACCCACCAGGACUCGAAAGCGAGGUCGAACCGCUCUCUCUCCCAUCACCUUUAAGAGGCAGAUGAGUCAUCACAUGCUAGGAUUCUCCACUCAUUGUCAUGUGCAAUCUCCGGUGAAAAAUCUGAGAUUGGACGGUUUUGCUCGUGCGCUUUACGGAAGCUUCGACACCGCCAACACCGCCGCUUUGAUGACUCUGCCUCUUCUGCCAUACAUCCCUCCGUCGUCGGUCCCAAUUGCCACAAACCAAGCAGUGGUUCCGGCAGAACUCGAGUUGAUGAAACCCUGCGGAGGAGAGGAGAAUUUGAUUGAUUUGAACAUCGUAGCGGCUGAAAUCCCAGAGGAAAAAGAUCUGCUCAAGCAACUACAGGGGAAUUCCCCUGCACCUCCACCAACAAACAACAAUGUCAUAGAGCCGCAGCCAAUUCGACUGGUAGGUUCCAACAUAAGUGUCGGAUGCAUCAGCGCAGACCCAAGUCUAGCCCCGGCAGCGCAAGCUCCUAAGAAACCAGAUGACGUUGAGGAGGAGAUGGAGUCUAAAGCCCUGCCAGCAGUCAUAUCAGACUCGCACAAAAAAGUGAGGAUAGCAAACUCUGCCUACAAGGAGAUGGUGGGACAGCCAGAGUGCCCAUGGCUUGAUGUCAUCGUGGCCGGAGAUGGGCGGUUCGGAGGCAAGAGGAUCAGCGGGGAGGUCAGUCUGCAGCUUUCUGGUUCCGGGGUGCCCGUUUCUUCAAACGGGUUUUCGUGCUGGGUGAGGAUUGAAUGGGGGAACGAGAUGAACAAGCACACGAUCAACACAUUCUGUGACGUGAUGAAGCUGUCCUGUGAGUCCAAGGACUACCUCUUUGAAUGGAGGUUCCACACCCACAGCAGGGAGGGUUGUCAGUCCUCCAGGUCAAGUGCUUGAAAAUUUUCUACAGUAAUUAUGAGGAGUAGUGUAGCUAGCUCACUAGGGGAAACAAUGCAUCUUAGGUCCUUAAGUGUCUAGUAUAUAUAUGUUUUAUGCGUGCAUAUAGCCAGAGGAAGUAUAUGUAAAGUUUGGCCAGCUUUCUAAGAGAGAAAAAAUGCUUGUUCAUCUCAA